GCCCCUCUACACAGGACAUCCUCGACGUCCGCUAUGCCCUCCUGAGCCGCCUCCCACUAGAGCUCGUGGACCCAAUCCUGCACGAGGCGGAGUACUACACACGCGUGUACGCCGAGGAGGGCACCGAGAUCGUCGUCAAGAGCGACUCGUGCUGCUACGUCCAGACGCCGCCGCUGCCUACGAGCUCGGUCAUGCGCGUGGUCAUCACGAUUGAGAGUCACGACCAGGGGUGGAGCAGCUUCCCCGAGCACUGGGGCUCGUACGAGAACAGCUGGACGUGGUUCCGCGCGGUCCUAAGGCGCGGGGAGGAGUGCGUCGGCAGCUGGGACAUCUGUCGCAAUCGCCAUGCGGAUGAGCAUUGGCGAAAGCGCACGGUUGUCUGGGAGAAGCCCGAGGACCAUCCGCUGAUGAAGGAGCUAAGGGCGGGGGACAGGAUAGAGAUAUGGCCGGAAGCUAGGUACCCCGGAUGGAUGAACUUUGUCCGAUAUGCCUCAGUGGAGGUGCUCUGCUGGAUCUAAUUCCAUCCUCAUCCCCUUCGCUACUAUGCCGCGGCAUAUUCAGUGCUUGCAUUGGAUAACAAAGAUCGCUCUGGCGCACGCUGAUAGCGCCGUGCACCUCCCCGGUGGGAUCAUGCAUACGGGGUAUGAUCCGGGACCAGUCAUCCGCCAUUUCAGAAGGGACAGUCUACCUCCGACUGAAGCUCGACCGCGGGCGUGUUUCGCCCAGGGCUUGUCAAAUGAGGGAAACCGGAUGGACAUUUGGAUAGUGUACAUAUGAUCGAUGGUGCUGUAUCAAUUAGCAUUUCUCUAGCCUCUGUACUGGGCCAAUGUAUACGUUGUCUACAUAGCG